AUGCCCGUGCUCACUCAGCUUCAGAGUCUAUACGACCGUUCUCUCGGUCUCGCGGGGCCCCAUCUUGGGCUGAAGAUCACUGGCGCUUUGAUUGGUAGCCUCUUGCUCUACAUCGCCUACUCUGUGUAUCGGCAUCGGAAAUGGCCCGCGUACACCAUUCCUGGUCCACCAUUCAAGGGCCUCCUUUACGGUAGCGCCCCGUCACCCAUGUACGACUUUGCCGCCUUGUACCUGCACGAAGGGUGGUUCCGGAAGUAUGGCCCGACAGUCCGAGCUUGGCUUUCACUCCUGCGACCUGCGAUUAUGACUGUCGACCCUGUGGCGCUGAAGCACAUGUUGACGAGUACGGCGUAUGAGAAGGGGGAACAGCAGAAGCAGUUCCUGGGCGACGUCCUAGGAGAAGGUCUUCUCUUCGUCGAAGGUGCCGAACACAAGAAACAGCGCAGAGUGAUGAGUCCUGCCUUUGGUCCUCUGCAAGUGAAGAGGUUCACGGAGACGUUCGUGCGCAAGUCACUCGAGAUGCGGGAUGUGUGGCUAGACAUCUGUGCUCGUAAUACGACGCGCGAGGACGGAUAUGCAAAGAUCGACGCGUUCGCAUGGCUGAACAAGGUCACGCUGGACAUCAUCGGGUUAGCAGGCUUCGACUAUGAUAUCGAUUCCUUGCAUGCCCCAGAUGACCAUCCGAACGAGCUUAACGAAGCCGUCCGGACGAUCUUCUCGUUCGAUUUCGGCCUUGGCGCGCUGAUGCAGUUCUUGAUCCCUGGUCUUCGUCGCAUCCCUACGAAACGUGCGCGCGAGCAAGCCAAGGCUCAAGCUCUCAUCACGUCCAUCGGCAUGCGCCUUAUCCAGUCUAAGAAACAGGCUAUCAUACGCGAGACCUUCCUUUCGCCCAACGAUGUCGAGAAGAAGGAUAUACAGGGUUCCGAUUUGCUUAGUCUACUGCUCAAGGCGAAUAUGGCGAGCGAUCUCCCCGAAAGCUCCAGGAUGAGCGACAAGGACAUCGUUUCACAAGUACCGACGUUCUUGAUUGCCGGGCACGAGACUACUAGUACGGCAGUAACGUGGGGACUCUACGCCAUGGCCUGCGACAUUCGGGUCCAGCAGAAGCUCCGCUCUGAGCUCUUGACCGUCAAUACGGAAACACCGACAGAAGCUGAGCUCAACAGCCUCCCGUACCUCGACGCCAUUGUACGCGAGAUCCUGCGGGUGUACGCACCUGUGUACAUGACGGAGAGGAAUGCGAUCAGGGACGAUGUUGUACCACUCAAGACGCCGAUCCUGGGGACUGAUGGUGUAAUGAGGAGCGAGAUACUUGUAAGCAAGGGUGAUAUGAUCCGAUUCCCAAUUCAGGUCAUCAAUCGCAUGGAAGAGUACUGGGGCGAAGAUGCCCAUCAGUUUCGACCGGAGCGGUGGUCCAAACUUCCGGAUACUGUGAAAGAGCUUCCGGGCGUAUUCUCCAAUAUGCUCACUUUCUUCGCGGGGACGCAUGCCUGCAUCGGCUAUCGCUUCUCAAUCGCCGAGAUGAAAGCGAUUAUCUUCACGAUUGUUCGCUCCUUCGAGUUUGAGCUGCCAAUAGCGCCAAUGGAUGUCAUGAGGAAGACGAUGAUCGUGGGAAGACCGUCGUUGACAACAGACCCUACAGCUGGGAACCAGCUCCCCCUUCUUAUUCGCCCUAUCAAUACGUGA